CGACUUCAUAGUCUGCAGCUUUCUUCACUUUCUUUGGUUCUUGGGCCAAAAACCAAAAAAUUCCAAUCUCUUUUAACAUCGCCCGACCACAGUAUCCUCCUCACAGUUCUCUCUCUGUUGUCAACCAAAUGUUAAUUUUCGUUUAAUUGUUUAAAACAAAUCAUUAGUAGUGAAGAAGAGCUGUGAGCAGCAACAAGUUGAUUCGUUCGUUCCGUCUAAGCCAGCUAGUCAAACUGCCGGUCAAUGAGUUCGGGUUCUAAGUGAAAUCCAACAAAGCGAACGAUAAACGUGGCAGACCAUCAUCAUAAAUGGUCUUAAUGAUUUAUACCUGUUGUUGAAGUUGAUGUUUGUGUGACGAUUAAGCGAAGAAAGACGUACCAUGUUACCUCCACGUUACCACCGCCACCUGCUGUUGAGCCUGGUGUUUAUGCUAGCUUUGCCUUCCGUGUGUUUGGGUCUCCUCGAAGGUCUAUAUUGUGGAAAACAAAAUUGUUAUGAUGUUCUGGGUGUUACACGAGAAUCCUCCAAGUCGGAAAUUGGAAAGGCAUAUCGCGUCUUAGCUCGCAAGCAUCAUCCGGAUUUGCAUCGCACAGAGGAAGCCAAGAAAGAAGCUGAGAAACAAUUCAAAGCCAUUGCCACUGCCUAUGAAAUUCUAAAAGAUGACGACUCUCGCACAGAUUACGAUUAUAUGUUGGACAAUCCCGAUGAAUACUAUGCCCAUUACUAUCGCUACUAUCGUCGCAGAGUGGCUCCCAAGGUGGAUGUGAGAAUUGUUAUUAUUGUCACAUUGACAAUUAUUUCGGUUAUACAAUACUACUCCGGCUGGCAGCGUUAUGACUCGGCCAUCAAAUAUUUUGCCACAGUGCCCAAGUAUCGCAACAAAGCCUUGGAAAUUGCCAAAGAUGAAAUCAAUGAGAAGGUUCACAAUCGAAAGGGCAAGAAUCGUCUUUCCAAGGCCGAUCAAAAAGAGGAAAUAGAAAAAAUCAUAAUUAAAGUUAUCGAGGAGAAAAUGGAUGUUAAAGGUGGUUGUGCCAAGCCAACAGUAUGGGAUGUCCUGUGGGUGCAAAUAAUUAUAUUCCCCUAUACCCUGGCCAAGUGGCUAUGGUGGAACAUUAUGUGGACAUGGAAAUUUACCAUUUGCAAGAAACCCUAUGGCAGAGAAGAGAAAUUGUAUUUGAUACGACGAAACAUGAAAAUGGGCCAACAUCAAUUCAACUCUCAAGAGGAUAAACAAAUUGAGGAGUUCUUACGUCUGGAACUUUGGAUAAAGGAGAAUUUCGAAGAAUGGCGCAUCCAAGAAGAGGAAGAACUGAAAAAGAAAAUGGCCGAGAAUCCACGUUAUAAAUCAUAUCGAAGAUAUAUGAAAAAUCAUGGUCCAGGACGUAUGACUUUCGAAGACUAAACUUAAAACAAAAAAAUGAAACAACAACUAGGCUUUAUUGUUAAGAAAGAUACAUAGGUGACUAUAUAUUUAUAUUAAGUAUGUAAUUUGAUGCGUUUCGUAAAUGAAUGUUUGCUUUAAUUUAAUUUUGUUUAAUUGUAAGUCCUGUGUUUUCCUCCUCCUAAGUUUUUUUUAUUAAAAUAGUUUAGUAACAUUUUUUAUAC